UCAAUCUCUUUCUCUGAUCCAAGCUUUAGGGUUCUCUUCUCUCUUUUCUUAUCUACAUGGAGAACGCCAAAGAAUCUAACCAUGGUAACAAACCCAACGAAGAAAACCCUAACCCUAACUCCGAGUCCGAACCGGAACCCAAAUCCAUCCCCUCAUCUCGACAGCCUUCCCACGCGCCCUUCACCAGCCUCAGCCAAGUUGAUGCCGAUCUGGCCCUCGCCCGUACACUUCAAGAACAGGAAAGGGCGUAUAUGAUGCUUAGAAUGAAUGGCGGUGAUGGAAGUUCUGAUAGUGGUAGUUAUGUUUAUGAAGAUGAAGCUGGUGAUGAUCCGAAUGAUGAUGGGAAUGAUGCUGGGAGCAUUGAUGAUGGUGAAGAUGCAUUCAAUGUGCAUGGACGGGCCCCGAGUGAGGAUGAAUUGGGUGUGGAGAUCGACCCGUCAGUGUUUGAUAGUGAUGAGGCAUAUGCGAGGGCCCUUCAGGAUGCAGAGGAGCGAGAAGUUGUUUUUCGCUUGAUGGCCCUUGCCGGCAUCAAUGAUUUUCAUAAAAUUCAGAAAAAUGAGUGUUUGAACUAUAAUGGUGGUUGUUGGGAAGACGAGGAUGCCAACAUUACUGGUUGCAAGGAUACAUUCCGUAGAAGGGUGUGA